UACCUCUUUUAUCGGCAGCACCUUACGAUGGCCCUAGUUAUCGUUCUAGUGAGUGUGUUUUUAUAAGUUUUAAUGUUAUUUUUAAUAGUAUGAUUAAAGUAAAUGGACUUUAUUGAUAUUACAAAUAGCAGCCAUUUUUUUGUAGUUAUUUUUUAUUUUAAUGAACUUAUUUUUAGGUUGUUAUAUAGUUAUUCAUAUUUAAAUAAUUAAAGAUUUUAUUUAAUUAGGCGUGAUGGAAGGUGACAAACCAAUAUUAAGGAUGGCGGAAGAACCCCCAGAAGACCCUACUACAGUUUCAGAAAGUACUAUAAAACCAGCCAAAGCAAGAUCAUCAGCGGAUUCUUAUGAGAAAAUGUUAAAGGACAUGAGUCUUCUCAUCGACUGGCUGGUGGAAGACUUUGGAUAUGACGUGGUACCAGAAGUGCAUAGACGAACCGACACGAAGAAGAAGAUAGAGAAGAAAGCCUUGAGAACUUCUAAUACUAAUUUUCCUUUUUUAGAGAAACGCCUGAAGAAAGGAUCUGAGAAACAUAAACGGGUCCAUAGCCUACGGACAAAACCCGAAAAUGAUAAGAGAAUGUCACAAGAUCCAACUUGGAUGUCAGACCUCAAGGCGUUUAUCAAGGAUCUCGUCUCUCGGUUUGGGCAAGAAGACUUAGAUCGAUAUACCAAACCUGUGAUGGCCGCGCUAGAGAAGAAACACAACAUACGGGUGACAGAUAUAGACGGUAAUAUUAUAGUUUUAAUUGUUUCUUGUAUUACUGUAAUGUGUAGACUAUCACUCAUCCAAUAUUUCUCCGGUAGGGAAUGUGGAAACGUCGUUAAAUAUUCCAGGAACUUCGCUAUGGAAUCUAAGUAUAGCUCCAUAUAUAUAUUAUUUAUAUUAGACUGCCUUUUACCUACAUCUUCACCCGUGUUGAUCUCGGUUGAUGCGGCAAAAAUGUUUUUUAGUUCUUAGGCUUUGGGAUGAAUGAAGAUAAAGUUUUAUCAAAAUUGGUUAUGUGGUUUAGCGUAGCACAGAAAACCGUGCUAAUAUAUACAGGGAUUAGAUAAAUCUACAAUAUUUAACACACCAGUGCGGUGAUUAAUGGUUGUUCCUCCACCAUAUUAAAUGUGGCAAAGGGGCGUAUAUAGGCUGUAGUUUUUGUAACUUUUAAUCAGUCAUGCGCUUAGAAUAAUCUCAGAAAUUUUUAUAUUUAAUUCAUCUUGAUCUAAGGCAGUCGAAGAUAGACAUGAAAGUCAUGUUAGGUUUUCUUGAGUAUUUUAUAAUUGCUGAAGUAUGCCUGAGUAGUAUAGCAAGAGGCUUAAAUUGUGUGCUUACAAAAAAACAAACGGCAUAAAAAUACUUCAAGUAUUUAGAUCUUAAAGGUAUCCUUUAA